AUGAUGUGGACGUGCUUUAUAUAUCGAGUGUUCGUUUCGUUUAUAAUACUGAAGAGAUCCAAUAGUCUUUCCAGUCCUAUACAGCCUUUUACUGAGUAUAAACAUUCCACCGAACUGCAAGUCAAUAUUUCGGAUCUGUGGUGGACAAUUGAUGAUGCUGAGCGUGAAAUUGUAUUUGAAUUGCACGUGAAAACUACAGGCUGGAUUGCUUUGGGUAUUAGUGCAGCUGGUGGGAUGGCAGGUGCUGAUAUUGGUGUUGGAUGGAUAGAUCAGAUGGGCACUGUUCAAUUUCAAGAUCGAUACGCGUACAAUCGUUCACGGCCUGUUAUUGAUUAUACAACAACAGACUGGUUCGCUGUCCAAGGACGCGAACAGGAUGGAUGGACAGCCAUUCAAUUUCGUCGUCUGCUUGAAACAUGUGAUUCAAUGGAUGUUCCAAUAAAAUCCGGAACCAAUAUACUCAUCUAUGCAUACGGACUGGUGGAUCCUGAUGCAAAUGGUGAAAUAAGUUAUCAUGAGAGUCGACGGGGUAGUCGCAUACUACCACUUCGAUAUUAUAUUGAUCAACUCCCGGAAACCGAGUACGCUGAUCUUGAUUCAUUCGAACUUCGCAUAAAUCAUUCCGUUCCUGUUGCGGAUACAACUUACUAUUGCAGAGUAUUUAAGACACAAAUUACGUAUCCAACGAAACGGCAUGUGAUCGCACACAAAAUUUUACUGGAUUCAGACAGUCGUGAAUUUGUCCAUCACAUGAAUAUUUAUGAGUGUGAUCCUUCGGCUCAAUUCGACAACACGAAUCUACCGGAUGGCGUGUGCGAUGAUAUUCGCGAUCAAAUCUCAUUGUGCUCAUCAACUGUUGUCACUGUGUGGUCUGUCGGUGGUGAUGAAAUCAUGACGUAUCCCGAAGAGGCCGGGUAUCCUAUUGGUGGUGAUUUUACUGUCAACUACUAUAUGAUAGAAUUGCAUUAUGACAAUCCACAUUUGAUUUCAAAUCGACGCGAUACGACUGGUGUUCGAUUCUAUCUUGGUGAUAAACUUCGUGAACACGAUAUUGGUUAUCUAACGUUCGGCACGGACUCGACAGCGCAAGCUUUAGCCAUUCCAGCAGGAGCGGAUCGAUUCAUCGUCGAUUCAUAUUGUCCUGCCAGUGCGAGUCUUAAUAUUCCAAAGUCUGGCAUCACAGUAUUUUGUGCGUUGCCUCACACACAUCUUCAAGGUAAACCAGUCGUUCGGAUAAAGCUUGGCGAUGAGUUUGCCACUCGUUGUAUUUAUGAUACAAGAAAUAAAAACCUAACAACCAGGGGUGGAGGGCGAACGAAAGACGAAAUGUGUAUCCAUGGUUUCGUCUAUUAUCCUCGAAUGAAUAACUUAUCCAUGUGUUUGACGCACAACGACUGGUCAGCAUGGAAACGUUUUCUGAACGUAUCGGUAGAAAAUUUCGACGAGACUGCAUUGCAGGAGAUACUGGUAAAAAUCAAAUGGACACCUCAAUUAGUAGCUCAAUGGCAAAGCUUUUAUGAUAGCACUGCUCGAGGUGUCACGUACGGUCAAAGUCCUUUCAUCAUAGCCGAAACGUUCGCCGCUUUACCAAAGUAUCAAGAUCUAGAACCUGAACGAUGCAGUCGAGCUUGUCAUACACAAAUAUCGAUUUCCUCCAUCCUAAUUGUUUUGCUUGCAAGGAAAGCUAAGAGAAUGUUUCUUUAA